AUGACCACCCUGAAGCAGGAAAAUAGUUGCUUUAGCAUAGCCGCGUCGGCGGCCACCAACCCCUACAACCUCGUCGACCAGAUCAACCGGCACGGCGACCUCUACCAUGUCCUCGGCCUCUCCGGAUACAGCUUAUCCAACCGCCACCAGAUCAAGCUUGAGGACAUCCGCAAGGCCUACCUCUCCUGCUCUAGACUCUGCCAUCCCGAGUACCAUCCCAAUAAACUGCCUCAGUACAAACCAUGUACGGCCGCCUUCCAGAAACUUAGUGCCGCCUACGAAACCCUGUCGAACCCUGCAAGUCAAAAGCUAUACGACCUGAGUAGGCCUGUCAACCCCUCAUUCCAGUUCAACACAACCUCCGCCACCCCUCCUCGGCCUCCUACCAAGCCGCAGACUCAUUACAAACCUGACAUAUACGGCCAAGCAUCCAAUGCCGACAAAAGUCUGGACAGCGUGUCAAAUGCUGGAGAAGAUGAAGACAAUGAAGAAAAUGAAGAAAAUGAAGAGUAUGAAGAAUAUGAAGAAUCUGAAGAAAAUGAAGAGUAUGAAGAAUAUGAAGAAUCUGAAGAACAGUAA